AUGGCAACACCGACUGUAGUGAAAGACCCCCCCACGGCCUCAACGGAUGGGACGAUCGACCCUCCCCAUUUACUGAUUGGGCCAACAGAGAAUCGCAAGGAACAAAGUGUUGCCGCGUUGUCAAAUCCUUGGGAAUUCGACUCUUUCCAGAAGUGCUGCACAGCUUGUGGGAAUGAGUUCAAUCUCAUCAAUCGGAGACACCAUUGCAGACUCUGUGGCAAGAUUUUCUGCAACCGGUGUACGAGUCAAAGAGCGCUCAUCCCACCCUCGAGUAUUGUGUUGAGUCCUCUAGCAGGAAAAAAAGCGGGGCCACAGAAUAAUGAUGCGAUCUCUUUCUCACCGGAUCCAGAUCCGGAUCGGAUGUUGACCUACAUUGACGAGGACCAACAGCUUUUGCAUGGCAAAGGCCUUGAAGUGUGCCAAACCUGUCACAAUGAGCUACUCCCAAGACAAAAAGAGCUCCAGAUAAAUGCCAAUUUUAUGCGAUUCAACCACAUUGACCCCACGCAUCCAAAACGAUUUUUCAAUAGCCCGCUUGCAUUCACUUUGGGUCACGAAGUUCGCAAAGCAGCCUAUACAUUGAACAAUUUGCUUCCGACUUCUAAGAAAUUAGGAAGAUUCGUCGACACUGAUUCGUUUUUGGCUGGAGAAGCCAGGGGGGCGCAACAGUGCAAAGAUGACUGCGCCACAAUCAGUCCGAACCUCGCCGGAUUAGACGGUGUAAAGAUUCCUGCUCGCCUCUUGCAACAGGCGAAGGGAGUCGCAGUGGUGACUGUCAUAAAAGGGGGAUUCGGUCUAGCUGGAAUGGAGUUCGGAACUGGACUAGCAGUGGCCCGAAUAGGGAAUAACCAAUGGAGUGCUCCUUGUGCCAUUGGUAUGGCAGGGAUUAGCUGGGGAGCCUUGGUUGGAGCCCAAGUCUGUGACCAUGUCUUCUUGCUGAUGACUGAUGCUGCAGUGGAGCUCAUGUUUAGCAAUAAGGAAAAUUUUCAGCUAGGUUUGGACAUUGGCGUUGCCAUCGGACCUCUCGGCCGAGCACUCGAAGCAGAUGUAGGAGCUGGCCCGGGUACAUUCGCACCGAUUUACACAUAUAGUUUGUCAAAAGGGUUGUAUGCUGGAAUCUCUGUGGAUGGGAAGAUUAUUAAGGUUAGACACAGAGUCAUGGAAAAAUUCUAUGGGAAGCGAGUAAGCGGGGCUGACAUUUUGUCAGGUGAAAUCCCUACCCCGCCUGCUGCAAGGCCUCUGUAUGAAGCGCUCCAACGAUGUCAUGUUUAUGCGGGCGGCAGUACGCGAAAGCAUUAUGGAAAUGCGAUGACGACCGGAGGCCAAGCGGCAACAAUGAAUAUUGGGGAUGGUCGCGUGAUGACAUCGCAACAGGCCGAUGCCAAUUCACAUUCUGGGAUGAGUGAUAUCACGUUCGAAACAGGUAGCUGA